UUUAUCUGGAUUUAGCAGGUUAAUCAAAAUUUUAAAUAAGAUUACUUCUUAAACUAACCGUUUACAUUUAGCAUCACGCAUCUUCCCUGCACUGAACCUUCGGCGUCUGCGUUGCGUUCAUGCAGGCCCUGCGUAAUACGUCACCACAGACACCAGCAGCGAAUCCCUACCCAGAAUUGCGCAGCAGAGUUGCGCAGACAGACUCGGUCAAGAACGCAGCCAUUAUUCAGACCUCCACAACAGACAAAUUAAACAACGGUUUAUUGAACAAAGGAUCAACAAUACAUCAAGGGGAGCGGAAACAAGCACCAGUUCGCGAAUAAAGCUGCGUUGCAAUUUGAAUUAUGACAGUGGACAGAAAAUAAGAUCGAGCGCACAGGCAAAAUAAAAAGUUGUAGAAAAAACUAUUCCCGCGCUAGCUAGCUCGCACGACAAAACAAACGGUGCGUGGUAGAGCGUAGUGGCUGGCGAUCUGGCAUUCACGCAACACAUUGCAACGCUUGUGGAGAUUUUCUAAAUCUCACGACUACUUUAAAACCAAAUAAACUUAUUUUAGCAAGCGAGCUAGGUACACGGUUGCGUAAGAGAAUGGACAACCUCUCCACAAGUGAAGCGUCCCUGACGGAGAACGAAUCGUCGCAGCUGUGCACCAACCAAGACGAAUCAUCGCAGCUGUGCAUCAGCCAAGACGGUUCCGUGCUCGCAGAUCCUGGUUCUGACGUGUCUGGAGGCGAGCAUCAGGAUCAUCUGCUACAGUCUGUCCAGAUGUCUACCGCUUCAGCUCCUAUCCUUCUCUAUCCUGUUAGCGCUGACAGAGUCAUAUCUACCACCUCAACGGAUGGCAAAACUAUUUUCAAGAUUGCACCAGGCGUCCGUCUCCCUGCAGCCCCCCUGCCGAAUGUCAAGCUCCCCGCGGCGGCACCGGAGAAGGUGUCCACCUCGGAGUUCACCUACCAGACCAUCGUGUACCUGAUCGAGGCGGUGGGGCGGCGCUGGAACAUGUACGGCUCGCGGGAGCGGGCGCAGCUCUUCCACAGCGUGCAGAAGGAGCUGGAGAGCCAGGGCUACUGCCUGCCCGUGGAGAGGAUCCGCCGCAAGUGGAACAACCUCAUCGUCACCUACAAGAGGGUGAAGGACCGCAGCCGGGAGACCGGCCAGGCCAAGACCUCCUGGGAGUACUUUGAGAUGAUGGAUGCCAUGCUGGGGAGCACUAUCGGCACCCAGUGCACCGCCAACUCCUCGGCGGCGCUAGUUGACAUGGCAAACGUCACCAAGGAGACGGCGGUGUUAGCGGAGCAGGCCCCGCCCAGGAGCAUGAGCACCAUGGCCAAGCCUGGCCUGCUUCCGGGGGGGCUGAUCACCACCUGCGCCCAGAUCCCCACCCUCAUCCCCUCCUCCCUCCCGCCCCCCAUCACCCUCAACACCUCCUCCAAGACCCCCAGCAACACGGACGCCCGCCACCCGGCCCCCUCCCCGUCCCGCAAGUCCCCCGCCAGGCUGGGCCGGCUGCGGGUGCGGCAGAAGCUGCGGAGGGGGCCGGCGGACACGGCGGCCUCCUUCCUGGCCCAGCAGCACAGUCACGCGGAGGAGCGCACCUCCCUCCUGCGCAGCUUCCUCACGGGGCAGGAGGAGCGUCACCGCGCGGAGGAGGAGCGAGGGAACCGCAGCGAGGCGCGCGAGAGACGGCGGGAGAAGAGGGAGGGCAAGAUGGUGGACGCCAUGGGCCGCAUGGCCACGGCCCUGGAGCUGAUCUCCUCCAAGCAGGACACCAUUAUCACACUGCUGCAGAGGCUGGCAGACAGGCAGUGAGGCAGGCAGGGAGGGAGGGAGGGUGGGUGGGCAGGGCCAGGGGCGGGGCCAACGAAAAGAAACAGGAAGAAGAAGCUAGUAUGGGGAAGGCAUUGGAUGCCUUGAGGGGACCUCUUGGUUUAAGUGCUGCAUUCGAAAUGAAUGGCACAGUUUGAUUACACUAAUAUUGGCUGAGCUGUUACAAAAAAACGUGUAGAAUGGGAGGGGCUUUGGGACACCCGUUGGCGCUUAGGAGGGUGGGUGAAAUGAUUCAUUUCACUGGCCAUUCUUUUAAGUGUAUUUUGGGUCCACCUAUGCUUAUUUUGGGUGAAUGUCAAAUUAAUGUCCUGGGGGACUACAGCAUCUGCAGGUUUUUGUGGUUUCCUUACAGUUAGCGGCCAAUUAAGGGCUUGGAAACAAGAUGUGUGGAUUAUUUAGUCAAUCAAGGACUUCACUGAAUGAGUCACUGGUGCUUUACCCUUUGAAGGGUAUGUUUUUUGGAAUUUUAAAAUGUAUUUAUUGUUUUUCCAAAUUUCUAAGUCUGUGUUCUAGAACUCCAUUGCUUUCCAUGGGCCUCAGAAGUCGUGUCAUCUUUCCCUUCGGGUUCGUUAGCAUUUUGGAGACUAUGAGACAAAUGAUUGGCAUUUUCCCAAUUCCUUCAAAACAAUUUCUGAUAUUUAUAUGUUUGUAUAUGAAAGGAAUGCGUUUCAUCCAUUUUUUAUAAUCUAAAAAAAAUUGCUAACAGCUAAGUGGUUAGCAGCCAGUCACACAAUUACAACAUCACACAGGGCUAUAUUUCCAGCUGCUAUCAAGUGGCCGAACCUGGGUUGUGUUUUGAAGUUCACUUCCUGGUCUUGUUGAGAGACGUUGCUCACUGGCGCCAGUGCAGUUGGCUCCAGUAUAGGUGUUUCAGCCCCCGUUUCAGUGUAAGUCAAAGGUGACAAUACAGUCAAAAUACUGAGCCAGUCAUUUUUUCCUACAAGAUAAUGUAGUCGCAAUAGGUGUUUUUUCUUUGUCUAAUGUCUCCCCAUGUGCUGAUUUGUUAAGUUAUUUUGUUAUUUGGACUAGACUAUUAUUUUGUGGACGAAUCGGGGUCAGUUUGCGUCACUGCCGAGUCACUUUAUCUCACCUGCUUAGUGGACGACCGGACUUUGUGGCCAUAUGAGGGUCCCCCUUUCCCCUGCCGCGCAGUCCUUGGCUCCAGUUUGUACAACAUGGCGGCACCCCGGGCUUCAAAACGCUUUUCACCAAGUCCAUGGAGUCGAUGGGUGACGUCACAAUGACUUGUGUCCAUAUUUUUUCUACAGUCUAUGGCUACCAUUCACACACACAGCCAUUUACUGUUACCCAUUGGUAUAAUAAAUUAUACAUUAUUCUUAUUUUGUACCGUUGUAUGUAUGGCUGUAAAUAGCUUUGUUGUUACUGUUGCUGAUCUCGUUAGUAAUUUCCUUAAGUUAUUGGAGUACUUUUAAAAUUAUUUGCUGACUAAUGGCAGCUUUGAACAACUUGAAAAGCUGCCAGGCUAGCUGUGAUAUAAAUAUUAUAUAUAAUAAUUUUAUUGUUUGGAAUGCGGCAUCAGAAUUCAGUGGAUCUAGCGCCAUAUAAGAGAGAAAUGCAUCCGGAUUAAAAACGUUCAAGUUUUAAACAUCAGGUUAAAUCACAGACUGGGACAGGGAUAGUUAUGUGAAACUCCCAUUCAUUUUUUACAUAGAGAAAUUUUCCUUUCAUCCGGAAAUGCAUUUAUGGGUAAAGGUUUUGCUCUGCGUUACGUCAGGCUUCUGAGGCCCAUUACGAGUAGUGAUUGUCCUUAAUUCAUUAAACACCUCAAAAACCAGCAGAAACUGCAGCCCCACAGGACUGGAUUCCAGCACCCAUUUGUUAAAGCUACUGGAGCCAAUUUGAUCCAUUUUACAGUGUUUGUGCUGCCUUUCACCCUCCCCUAUGAUGUCCUCAGGAAGGGGGUAAUUAGGGAGUGGGUAAUUUUACACAGUGUUUGUACUGCCUUUUACCCUCCCCUUUGAUGGCCUCAGGGAGGGGGUAAUUUGGGAGGGGGUAAUUAAACCUGAAAAAUAUCAUUGGAUGUGUAUUUUUAAGUGGUGAAAUGUUAAUUUUCAUCACGCCCUCCAGGACGGCUGUUCCUUUACAGACAAAUCUAAGACCUAUUUAAAAAAUAAAAUAUAGAAAAUUGUUGUUUGUAUUUUUAAAAUCAUGGUUAAUAGUAAGUCAUGGAGGUUCUCAGUGCAAAAGGCUGUUUUGUAUAUUUGUAGUGUGAUAGCUGGCAAAAUGUUCUUUGAAGUAAACUGACAAUUUAAUACAGACAUUUUUUUCUGCUGAUUCUGUCCUUUUGCAACCCACUCAUCACGAAUUUUCCUCUGAGUCCCCUAAUUCCGUUCAUGAUGUGAAAGUAUGAAGUGGUGUUUUUGUUCCUUGUGUGGAUGUUUAUAUCGGUGCUUAGUUGCAGGGUUGACCUGCUGUGUUUUAUAAAUUCAGUUUUGGAUUUCUACUCUCUUGGGUCCUGAAACCGAUGUGAAAAUAAACCAGAAGUAGUAACGUGUGGAGAAAGUGUACCCUUAAUGUAAUGUGAAGCUAUGAUGAACUGAUUAUUAAAACUGAAUAAGUGAGAAAACUGUGAAUACUUGUUCUAUCCAGGGAACACUGAAAAUGGGCUGUGUAUAACCAAUAGAGAUGUUAACACUUAGCAGAACUAAUUGGUUGAUUAAUUUAAAUUUUGUAUGUUCAAAGCACUCACAUUUAAAUAUGAAAAAAAUGUUAAACUUGCUUUAUCUGAAGUAGAAAAAUGUGUAAGUGCCAGUACCAUGCAUAUGUGAGAUGCUUUAAUUCUUUAGAUACUAAUAAAAAAAUUUUACUAA